CUCCUCCCACAUCCGGUGGAAAACCGCUAUCUAUCAGUAGAAAGAAAAAAGAACAACAUCUCAAGCAGGAAUGCGCCUCUCGGAACCAUGUAGCUGCUCCUGAAAAAAAGCUGCAUAUUUUCGAGAUUUCAAAAAAGACGCAAGGGACAAAAUGAUCGGAAGAAGGUGAUCGGGAAGGGACUGCUGCUGCUUCUUCAGCCGGCUGAAGGACCGAGCUAGACUCCCAUGGAGAGGCCUGGCAGGCUGCUUCUGCUCUCCGAACUCUGCGUCAGGAACGUGGCGUACGAUGUCAGCCUGAGCCGGUCACUGCUGGCAUGGAAAAGACGGGCCUCCAGUCCGGUGUACCGCCCAUUCAGACCCAGCGUGAAUCGCCUUGUGCCGGUGUCAGAGAUCAUCUCAGUCAGAGAGGAACAACGGAUGAACGGCAGCGAUCGAAAAGAUGACAGCAGCUGGAAGAAGAUCAAAGGUGGAGACGGAUCGGAUUGCAGGCAGGCCUUCACAGUGUUGUACGUGGAGAGGUGUCGUCAGCACCACUGGCGCUGUGCUGAAGUUACCUUCACGUGUAGAGACGAGGUACUCUGCCAGAACUGGGUCAGGAGGAUCAGAGAGCAACUGGCCAGCAUCUCCACCAGACCCAGAAAUUUGCUGGUCUACAUCAACCCAUACGGUGGGAAGCGUCAGGGCAAACGCAUCUAUGAGCAGAAGGUGGCGCCACUGUUUGCUGAAGCUGGGAUCUCUACACAUGUCAUUGUCACUGACUAUGCCAAUCAUGCAAGGGAUCAUCUGAAGACGGACGCUGAGCUCAGCAAGGUUGACGGUGUGGUGUGUGUGGGAGGAGACGGCAUGUUCAGUGAGAUCAUCCAUGGUCUGGUGUGGAGGACACAAAUCGACAAUGGUGUAGAUCCAAACUGUCCUGAUGAAGACCUUUCUCCCUGCUCACUUCGCAUUGGAAUCAUCCCUGCAGGUUCAACAGACUGUAUCUGCUUUGCGACAAUUGGAACCAAUGACCCAGUCACCUCUGCACUGCACAUCAUUGUGGGAGACUCUCAGCCAAUGGAUGUGUGUUCAGUUCACCACCACAACAUGUUCCUGCGAUACUCCGUCUCUCUGCUGGGAUAUGGUUUCUACGGCGACAUGCUAACUGACAGCGAGAGGAAAAGAUGGAUGGGCCCGGCCAGAUACGACAUAUCAGGUUUGAAAAUGUUCCUGACUCACCAUUACUAUGAGGGAACGGUGUCCUACCUGCCUGCCAGAGGCAUCAUUGGAACUCCACGGGAUGCAGGCAAAUGUCGAUAUGGUUGUGCAAUCUGUCAGCACAAUGGGCAGAUUCAGUCAGAGAGAGCUGAGAAGUAUAAGACGAAUCAAGACUCAGAAUGUGCGGAUGACGGAGAGUGGAGGACGAUCCGAGGAAAGUUCUUGGCUAUAAACGCUGCCAGUAUGAGCUGUGCCUGUCCUCGCAGCCCCAAAGGACUCUCCCCUGCUGCUCACUUGGCUGACGGUACCACUGACCUCAUCCUUGUCAGAAAAUGUUCGCGCUUCAAUUUCCUCAGACACCUCUUGCGACACAUCAACAAAGAUGACCAGUUCGACCUGGCCUUUGUAGAGGUCCACCGGGUGGUGCGUUUCCGCUUCACCCCGCGCUACUGCCAGAGCGACUCAGACCUGGAACUGGACCUGCUUGAGAACGGCAAAAGGCAGAUCUUCGGCCACAUUUGCCGAGACCACCCGGCUUGUGGAUGCACACGCACUAACAGCAGCUGGAACUGCGACGGUGAGAUCCUGACCCACACGGCCAUCGAUGUCAGAGUGCACUGCCGGUUAAUCAAGUUGUUUGCACGAGGGAUUGAAGAGCCUCAAGUGUUUGCGGACCUCGGCAACCCCUGUGUAAUAUAAACCUUUCUCAUUCCCAUCAAGACGUCUUCGGAAACUGGAGCUGUUUCCAGCUGCUGAGAGGCUUUAGUGUUUCUCUACUGAUAUUAGCUGAACUUAAUAGGCUAGAUGGGGGAAACAAACAAAGCAUUAUGGAAAAACAUCAAGAUGUAAAAAAAUUUUCUCGGGUCAAUGUAUGAACAUAGGCACAUAAAACAAAAGCUCUGAGCGCUAAUGUCCAAAGGAAUUGUGAAAAUGUACAAACCAUCUAGCAAGCUCCUCUGUUGGUUCUCUCAGUUGUCACCUGCAAGUUACAGAGUGAGCUCUCAUCACAGAAAACUUUAAAAUAAUCUCUAUGAUCGACUAUCUGUGUUAUGUUGGUGGACACAGUCAGUUUAAUCAAUUACGAGGUUAAAGUUCAACACCAAACAGGCCAACAUCUGCCUUCAUCAUAUCAGAACCGCAGACCAAUGCUGUUUUGUGCACAAGGCAAGACAACACCAAUCAACUUGGAGAAUGUACUGUACAAUAAAUGACUCACCUGCCUUGUGAUGUGUAGCUCCACCAACUAGCAGGCGAUUUGCUGUCAUGAAAACAGCUGUUCCUGCAUCGGAAACGCUGUAAAAAGCAGAGACUAGAGAACCGUCCUGUCAGGCUGGUCUUCCGGUCGAUGCACUGAAGAGCCUGGCAUCUCUCUCUGUCUUCACUUAAAAUGUCUGAACCUCACAGACAAGCAUACAGUCAUACUCAUUUUAGCUGAGCCUCAGAGUCACCCUCUGCUCACGGAUAUGCAGUUUUUUUCUAGAGCCUUAAAGGGAGCGAUGAUGUGCUGGUUUAUACGUUGUCUACUUGGAAGAAAAGAAAGGAAAAAAAAAACAAAGAAUAAAGGGAUUUCCCACCAGAAUAUUGAUGUAGUGUUCGUAUACCUGUGGUCUCUAACGGAUCACUUGUCCAUACUGAUGUCAGAGUGGGAUUCCAUUGCUUAUGUAAGCCCACGUCUUUACUGGACAGGCGGUUCACCUGCCAGAGUCCUGGUGGAAUUAGAAAGGGGCUGUUCUUGGUAAUAUCCUAGAGCCAUCUGGUGAAAAACCCUGUAGAAUCUCUCAUUUGUUUUUACCUACACACUUUUCCCCUUUUGACCAUUUGACAAAUAACUUAUAACAGACUGAUGACCAGGAUUCAGAAGACAUCAUAACUGACCAGAUGACUUGUUUCCUUGUUUUUUUUUUCUUGAGGACCAUUCAGAAAGGACCACUGUUUCUCACUGUACGAUCCUGUGCUUUUACAUCAAAAGUCAGUUCUCGAUAUGUCUUGCUGUGGUGCGCUUGUUGCUGUUUUAUUCUUGUUUUUUUUUUUUAUCAUAUAUGUUAUCCAUUAACAUAGCUAGCAUUACUAAAACAAUGUAUUUUCUCAACUUUCCAAUCACCCCAAUUCUGAAAAUUUGAAGAAAAAAAACCAAACUACCAGCAUUUCCAUAUCCAGCCUGUUACGUACAGACAGAGCUUACAACCUCCAAACGGUGAUACAGAGUAACUUUCUCUACCCAGCUCAGUUUUCCUGUUAUCUGCUCUCACUCUCUUGCAGCUUAAAGGAGCAGCAGACAUGUCUUAGAAAGCCACUUUGUUUUAAACACGCUCUCUUACAUCGCUCACUGACGCUGCAACCUGGAAAUGGUUGUGGAGCCUGCGUACGCUUGCUUGAUAAACAUCAGAUUUUGCGGUUUCUGAUAAAAAGUCAGGAAACGGCUAAUUCCAGAGAACACUGAUCUCUGUACUUUACUACCAGCACAGCACUUUUGCAGCAGAAUAAUCAGCAAUUUACGACCCAUGUUUAAAAAGCAAAACAGGAUUUUUUAAAAAUAAAACUGUGUAUCAUGAAGCACAUGAUAGUACUCUGUUGUUAAGUCUUUAAACAUAUUUAAAAUGACCCUUUAGAUGUUUGAAGGGUCUCAGGCAUCAGCCAAUCAUUCUUCCUAAGUCACAUGACUAGAAGUAGACAACAUGUUCUAAACCGAAUAUGCAAAAUGCAGGUUUUGCGGUCUGUUUCUGUAGCAUUGCUUCAAAUAUUUUUAUUUUCCAAAUGGUCUCGAGCUUAAUGGUGGCUUUGAAAUUGUUCAUAACAGUAAUUGUUAGGAAUCCUUCUGUUUUCAGUCCUUUAACCUUUGUUCUUAAUCCCACUGUUGGUAAAAGUGGUUGUAAACCCCAGGCGCACACGCUGUGCAGACUAGACAUUGUCUAAAGGAAUUUAAUUUGGAGCAAAGAUGCGACUUUCUGAACUCCAUGCAUCCAUCCAUCUUCCAACACGCUUAUCCCUGUUGGGGUCAUGGGUGAAGGUCCUGGUGACCGUCUCUCACCCGUUGACCGGGGCGAGAGGUGGGGAACACCCUGGACGGGUUGCCAGUCCAUCGCAGACUUUCUCAACUCAUCAACCACCAUUAGCAUUAGCUGCACUUUUGCAAACAGAUAUUUGGUUCUGAAUUCUAAUUGACCGAGACUGAAUGCUGGGAUGCUAAAAUAUUGCAGAAGAAGAAUUUUAAAUAAAGACUUAACAUUGGUUUUGCAUGAAAUGUUAAUUUGUAGCCUUCGUAGCAUGAUUUCCUUGGUUCUGUUUUGUUUUAUUAGAAUAAUAAAAUGCAAUGCAAGUAGAGUUUACUAGACAGACUCAUCUGUCUGUCCAGAGUUUGAUAUUCUGAGCUUUCAGGUGACGUGACACGCAGCCUUACUUUGAGACAAAUUAAGCUGGAAGCAUGUUGUAGCUUAGCACAUCUGCAGUCACUGCUGCUGCUGGGCCCAUCAGUCUUUUCUGAAACCUCACAUUACACUAUUCAUUAUCUUUAAGUUUGUCUUUUUUCAAUAAGAAAAGGUCAUGCCUGUGUCUGUUUCAAGUGUCCAGCAUUCAGAGGUGAGUAAAGUGUCUGCAGUGUCUCUAGAGAUUAGACAACAUUACUUAAUGAAUUAUUUCAGUUGAUUAUGUAGCAGUGCUUCACAUGGCCUACAUACAUACAUGACCUGUGAAAGCUGUGGGGCUCAAUCGAUAGAUUUUGUAGACAUUCCCAAAACAAAACAAUGUGUAAAAGACUAACACUGUGUUCUUGCUGUGUAUGCUGCAGUGAUGGAUAUGGUAAGACAAUGCUGGCACAUUGUUUUCUCGUGACAUCGUGUCUUUCUGAAACCAAAGGCAGAUGUGGAGCAGUGCUGGACUGUUUGUCUGUUUGUUGGCCAGCAUUUCUAUUUCCUUUGUGCAUAUGUGGAGCUGGACUCUCAGCAAAUAUAAUAGCAAACAGUAGCAGGUCUUUUUGAUUAGGAUCACUAACCAAUCAGAUCUCAGUUUUAAUUAGAAUCGAUCUGUUUUUCACUCUUGCUGCUGGAAAUAAUUCCAAUUUGGGGGGGAUGGUCAAAAUAUGUUAUAUUUUUCAAUUUCACCUGAGUUGUAACUGCAAAUAAUUUCAAAAUUCAAUCCAUAUUCCUGGAACUUUUAAAUUUAAAGUUCUUUUUAUUUAACCAAGAUGUUGGACACUUCUCAAAUGAUCAUAAACUAUGUUGGAGGAUGAACCUUUUUUUUUUUUUAAAUUAAGUAUUUAUUUCAAAUGUGGCAUGUUGGAAAUGAUUUACAUCUUGUUCCAUAAUUAAUGGGGAAAAAAAUAUUACAGCAAUCAAAUCCUUCUAAUUGCUACACAGCUUUUUGAAUAUUUUCCAUGGUGUUUCGAUGAUUUAUACAAAUCUCCGCAGCUUUGGCGUUGGAAGGUUUCCUUUCCAACACCCUAAUCUUUCCUCCACUGAUUCUCUCAGACUUGCCAGGUCACUGUAAGUGUUGCCGCAUGCACUCGAGAGAAAAAUAUAUAUUGGUCAAAAUGAAAGAUGACUAAACCCAAAUCUGCCAGGGGUAUGAAUACAUUUCAGUUUAACUAUUUGUACAUUAAAUCGGUAACCUUCAAUAUUUUGGAUGAACACAAAGUAUCAUGUAGAUUCCACUUCAGAUAUUGAAUUCAUCUGUCAUAUUUAUUAUGGUCUGCUGUGUGUUUUUCCAACAGAGGCGUGCAGAAAAGUCAUCUUUUGUUGCUGAUUCUUGCUAAGUUCAAACUGAUCAUUAGUUACUUUAUUACUGAAGAGAUUAGAAUUUCUAAACAGAGCCUGCAGCCUCUGUUCUUCCUACAAUUGUGUAGUUUUCUGAAUGAGAAAAUGAGUUGGAUGGAGCAACUGUGUUCUUCUCUGCUGUAGUCGCUGUCAUCAGAAAUAAACUCUGUUCAGCUCGUC